AUGGGUCGCGGAAGCUUCUCCAGUGACGGCUCGUCCGACGCUGGCGGCGGCGCUCAACUUGACCUCUUCUCGCCUCCACCAAAAAGCUAUCAACAAUGGCGGUCUGACACUAAGAGCUACAAGACCGAAACUCCUGACACGGACACGUUCCCGAGCGAACCCAGUGACAGCGAGAAGCGAUCUUCUGGUGGUGCUCGCCCGGGUGGUCAUUCCCGACACUCGUCGAUGGCGUCGGCCGUCUCUAUGCACUCGUCUCAUUCGCGCUCUAGCAGCGGCACGUAUGUUGGCAACAGUCAUGGGCAGGUCCAGCCAUUCAACAACUUCCAGCCUGUAGCGUCGGAUCACCCUUCUACGUCGUCACAUCCUCCCCACCGCUACAAGACACCUGAUAACCAGGUGACGCCCCCUAACAAGGGCCAGCAUCUGGAGAAGGGUUUGAGCUCCAUGGAGCUCACUCGAAGCAGAGACCACCCUGCUAUCUCUGACAUCAGAAAGCAGGCCGCUGAGGCCAACCGUCGGCUUAUGGGACUUAAGCACGCUGUUGACAAGUCUGACCACGUGCCUCCUCAGUUCCGUCAGGGCUUUGACGUCGACAUCACCCAGGUUCUCAAGAACCUAACCACCAUCUCCAGCGCUGCUGAGUCUCUGGCAUACGUCCUCAGCAGGAAGAGCGACGAGUGCGAAAGCUUGCGAAACAUGCACUCGUCUCACACUAUGGGUUACGACGAGACUCGUGCGCAGCUUGAAGCUGAGCGCUCUCAGAUCAGAGCGGAACGCGAGAGGAUCCACAAGUUUGAGGCCGACAUGAAGGCCGAGAAGGAGAAGGAUGAGAGGGUUAUUAAGGCCCUCCAAGAACAAAUCGCCGGCAAGCGUCACUUGUGGAUGCAAGUCCGCAAAGACCCCGAGGAAAAGGCUAUAGCCUUGGAUAUGCUCACCCGCUCUUCCACCCCCUACACUUCCGUGACCGACUCCUCCGCUUCCCCUACUCCUACCGGCCCUCGCGACUGGCAAGCUUCCCAACAACGCACCGUCAGUUCAACCAACCGCCCUCCACGCAGCGGCCACAAUCACAUGAACGGCACCCAUUACAGCGGCGGUCCCAUCCCUCGUUCCGUCUCCGGCUUUGCCAUCGCCCACGCCAGACGCGAGUUUGGUUCCCGCAGCGGCCACGGCUCCCAGCGUAAAGGAUCCCAACGCGUGGUUUCCGAAUGGGGCAGCCCCGUCUCCCAUCGCUCCUCCAGCGGUUCUGGCCGCGGCAUUGGCUCUAGGUCCAACCAUCUCAUGGGGCCCCCAACCGCAAUCUUCAUCCCCCCUACAGGCAGAACCCACGGCGACGACGGCCCAACCGCCACCCCAUCUUCCACCUUCUGCAGCCAACUCACGCACCUGCUCACCGUCGUUAUCCGCGCCUUCACGCACAAAUACUUUGCCAAAUCCAUGCCCGAGAUCGAAUCCCGCCUGCGCAAAGAAAAUUCCUCUUUAUUCCUCUACAUGUGCGACCUAGUCUACCCGGGCCGCGGCCGCAAGAUCGGCGAAUCGCACGUCUCCUACCUCCUAAACGACGACGUCUCGCGCCCCUACCUCGUCGAGCGCCUGCUCGUGCAAUACAUAACCGCCACGAUGCUGCAGUCCGACGGCUGGACCGGCUACGAGCCCUCCGUUGACAAAGAGAUGGCUUCCCUUUCCGCGCGCCUCAAGGACCCUUCGGGCACAACGAACCACUCCAAGACCCACGAGCGCCAAGCCAUGGUCAACCGCCAGGCGGAACUGGUACAGAAAAUGGUCCAACACCCCAAGUGGGCCGAGUUCAAGAAUUACAAGGUCAACGACCAUUACCAGAAAUUCAAAAAGAUGGUGGGGCCCUUUCUGCCACCCGGGCCAAAGUCGGAGGUGAGGGAUGAGGCGCUGUUUGAUCUUUUUAGUAUUGCGGAAAGGGCGUGGGCGAUUGCCCAGAUGGGGUGGGAGAGCAGGAUGACGUAUGUUUAUCUCUGGAGCGAGACAUGCAGUAAGUUUGUGGAGGCGAGCCAUCAGGCGCUUAAUAGCGAGACGGGUGGGCAGGUGUUGCAGCAGAGGCAGAUGAGGAUUUCACUUGUGGUUACCCCCGGGGUGACAAUGAGGGAUGAUUCUAGGGGGAUGAAUAUUGGGACUAAGUUGGUGAGGAGGUCAGAUGUGCUGGUUAUGGUUUAG